AUGGAUAAACACAUCGAUCUCGCAGGAGAGGGCACAUUGCCCAACUACGACUUUACUGGUGUCGUCUUGAAAGAUGUCAUCCCAAAGCGCGACAAACCAUGGUGGAGGGAUUUGCGAUUGGUCAAGCUUAAUGCAUUGCUUUUAUGUGCCCUCCUUACUCAAACGGCUCAAGGCUUUGACGCCAGCAUGAUCAACGGCAUGCAAGCACUUCCUGAAUGGGUCAAAUUCUUUGGACAACCGCAGGGAGCCCGGCUUGGUGCCAUGACCUUUGGUCCAACAGGAGGAGUGUUGAUUUCAAUUCUCAUAUCCUCUCAGCUCUGUGACAAGUAUGGACGGCGUUAUCCCAUUUGCGGUGGAUCUAUUCUCAUUGUGAUCGGCUCUGUUAUCCAAGCCGCCUCGAAGAACUACGCGAUGUUUGUGUUUUCUCGAUUUAUGGUGGGAUUCGGCCUGGGAAUCGUGUCUGUCGCCGCACCUCCUUUACUCUCUGAAGUUGCCUAUCCAACUCACCGAGGAAAGCUCGUCUCCUUCUACUUGGUCUCAUGGCCACUCGGGUCUUUGAUCGCUGCGUGGGCCACGUACGGCACCUUUCGCAUGGAAUCUUCCUGGAGCUGGAGAUUACCCAGUCUUCUUCAAUGUGUCUUCUCUUUGGUGCAGGCAGUUCUUAGCCUGUUCGCUCCGGAGUCUCCUCGUUGGUUGAUCUACAAAGAACGUGGCGACGAAGCCCUUGAUAUUUUUAUUCGCUAUCACGGCGACGGUGAUCCCCAGUCUCGUCUCGCCCAUUUUGAAAUGGCCGAGAUUACCGCAACUUUGCAAAUGGAAAAGAUUCAGAAGAAGUCGCGAUGGGGAGAAUGGAUCUCAACCAAAGGAAACAGACAUCGACUGUUCUUGGCGUUGUAUAUACCUGCUAUGCUGCAAUGGUCUGGCAAUGCUUUGAUCUCGUAUUAUCUUCCAGAGGUACUCAAGUCAAUCGGAAUUACGGAUUCUAAGACCCAGCUCACUCUCAAUGGCUGCAUGUCUAUCUGGAGUUUGGUUUCUGCUUGUUUCUUCGCAACGCUCGUCGAUCGUGCCGGUCGCCGAGGCCUCUUUUUGUUCGGCAUGGGGGGCAUGGGGAUUUCUUAUAUUAUUUGGACAAUCUGCUCUGCCAUCAAUGAGAAAAAAGGCUUCAAGGACCACAGCUACGCCGGUGCGGUUUUGGCAAUGAUUUUCAUCUACCAAGCACUUUACCACGCGUGUUCCCCAGUCGCGCCCACAUACAUCAUGGAAGUGGUUCCCUACUCCUUGCGUUCGAAAGCUGCCAUGCUUUACCAGCUGACCGGAAACUUGGCCGGUCUCUACAACAGCUUCGCGAAUCCUGUCGCGAUGGAGGCCAUCUCGUGGCGAUACUACAUCGUGUGGGUGGUGAUGAUUGCCUUGAAUUUCACGUUGAUAUUCUUCUUUUUCCCCGAGACGAAGAAUCGUGGUCUGGAAGAGGUUGCUGAGAUUUUCGAUGGCCCCAACGCUCUCUCUGGAACAAAUGCCAUGAAGCAAUUGGGACUCGAUGUCAACGCGGAGAAUGCUGUAGCUAUGGCGAGGGACACUAAAUCAGCGGUGGAGCAGGUGGAACGCGUUUGA